GAAAAUGUCGCAGAACUUUAACGAUCUCCAGCCUGGAGGGCGCUGCUCACCUCCUUCUCAUCCUCCACUCACUCCCGGCCCAGCGGGGGGAGAGAGACUGGGGCCGACACACACACGCGGAUCUAAUUUGAGCUGGCACGGCCGCAGCACUGAUCUGCGAAGCGCCGCGGAGGAAAUGAUGGAGCGGGACGCUCGGUGACGCCUCCGCGCGGCGGUGCUUCUGCCCAAGGAUUCAGACGGAGUCGUCGAGAGCGAGGAAAGGGGGAAUCUCAGGAACCUGCGUGGAUUUCAGACCACAAGAGCCUCUGAAAGUGAGAUGUCUCAACAUUGGAAAUGCAGCUCCACACGUACCUGUUGCUGUUUAUUAUCACAACAGAUAAAACUUUGGCCGUGUUGAACCACAGCUGUGGUGGCCAUGUCCGUUUGGACCAAGCGCCUGUUGGCCGGGUCAUCCUCACCUUACCUGGACUCUUUACUGACACCAGCACCCUUGACCCAGUGAGCGAAUCAGCGCUUUCCUUUUGCACCUGGGUGAUAGAGAUUCCUCCGGGGAGGAUGAUCCUCUUAACGGUGGAAAUCAGCGCACAUUUGUCGCUUCGCUGUGCCUGGAACGAGGGUGAGCGGAGUUUACAGAACGGGGAGGCAGUUCUGCUCUCUGGAUGUGACGGAGACAAAGCCAUCCUCAGAGCAUCGGGAUUCUCCCCAAUCAUCGUCAGUCUGGUACACUACGUCCAGGAAGAUGAAGGGAAUGUCUCUGACGUCCACUCAACCCACCAAUCAGACCAAGGGACUGCUGGUUUGUCUCAGACAGGACCCACCUACACCAGGACACCCACCAUUGCUCUAGAGGUUGUAAAAAACACAGUGGGGAGCAAAGGUUCCCUCCACGAAGGGCCGACAGGGCAUUUCAGGCCUCGAUCUGAGUCCAGCACCUCUUCUCCUGUUGGGGAGCUGCGGCACAACACCUCAGCCUUGUGGGGACGCCCUGUCGCUGGGAAUGCUGAUAGGGAAACUCUAUAUCUUCCUGAGGAAAAAGCAAACAAUGGGGCGGAAACAUCUGGAGCUGCUCGUGAUGCCAAAACACGCCCGUACUUUCAGGAUACGGCGAAGCCAAGCGCCUCACUAAAAAGGGUUAAUGCUGAAACUGAGAUGUCACGGACCAGUGCUGCCUCCCCCAGCUCUACGGCACCCCUUACCACUGAUUUGGAAGCUUCUAAACGCACAGAAAAAAGUGUGACUGCACAAACAGCCUCCCACUCCUCUCUCUCUUUUCCCCCCGAGAAUCAGACGCAGGAGGGCGAACUCGCCAUAAUUGUACAUGGCGGCGCUGCUGGUGGGACACCUGGAGAUAAACAGUCUUUUUCCUGGAGAAGCCAGCGAAGCACAGACCGGCUCAAUUACCAUCUGACUUCCACCGCCACCUCCGACCUCUUAAAAUCCUCCUCCGCCGCACCUCCACACUCAAGCAGUGCAAACGCUGACACCGAACCCACUUCAUCAUUAUCCUCACCCACCGCCCACAUCCCACAGCGCAGCCCUGCUGUUGGUGCCGCGGAGGCUGCUGCAGGUCAUCCACGCGCAAACCGCAGUGACUCACUUGCAUCCUCUGCGUCUGCUGUUGCUCAUCCAACUACAGUUGAAUUUAAAAGCAAACACAUGCAGCAAACCCUUACCCCUUUUGGUGCCACAAGCUCUCCUGAAAGCACUGAUGGUCUGGUUUUUAGGUCGGCACAAAAAGAGGACAAAGACACACAGACAGAAAGUCCUGAAAAAAUGUCAGUUUUUCCACAUGUGACCACAGAAAUAACCUCCACUCUGCCUGGUGGUAUGAAGGAUGGACAGACUUCUGCUUUUACUGGCUCUUUAUCUGUAACAGCAGCACAAGCGACAAAAGUCCAGAACUUGACUUCAGCAGAGACCACCGGAGAGCCUUCUACUUACACUGUGUUUCAUGACAGUACGCCCACAGGUUGGUUGCUGUCCAGCUUGACCACAGACUCCUCCACACCUCCCUACACACUCCAACCACACUCUGAGCUUUCUGUCGACAAUCAGAAAGCUGUCAUCUCCUCUGUGAGUGAAUCCUACAUCCACACAAUCCACCAGAGACCUUCACCAUCAGGUUCUCACAGCCGCCAGCUUCUCCCAACUCCCACUAGCAUCUCUCCUACGUUCGAACAAACCCAGCGUGUCGCUGCUUCUGCUUACACCACUGCUGCCUCACCUGCAGGAUCAGACAUAGAGGAAGAGGGUGAGUUUAGGUCACGGUCUCCCACAGCUCAACCGCUGAGCCGUUUCACACACACAGCCUCUGCUGGGACCUCCACACCCACACAGAGCUCCACCAGCAGUCCGAUGUUCUUCAUUGUGCCCAAUCAGCCAGUAUCCAUCAGAGAGGACUCAGUUGAGCUGCUGCUUCAGAUCAUCGUGGAAGAGGCUAAAUCUGCUUUAGAAGCUGGUUUGGAGGAAGACACAGCAGUCUGGAUGGAGCCAUAUCUGCAGAGAGCUCCGGGCUUCAGCAAGCUGCUGGGAGUCUGGAGCAGUGGCCAUGCAGUACAGAGUCUGGUGGCUUUUAAGACCAGAGGGGUGCUGCAGUGGCUCAACAUGACUGGAUCUGCUUCACUGCUGGAACGCACAGGACUGGCUCAGGCUGUUCGUGAAGGGAAGACAUUCAGAUCAUCCAGGGUUACAAACAUCACUAUUGGAGGACUCCAGGGGGAUGUGUGUGGCUGGUUACUGCAGUGCCCUGAAGGCUACAAAUGUGUGCUUCAGCCUGGCUCAACAAACUAUAGCUGCUCCUCUGUCUGCCACUUUGACCACUGCCACCAUCAUGGCAUCUGCACACAUCAUCCAGAUCAACUUCCUGUCUGCCGUUGUCUUGUAGGCGAUGACUUCUGGUAUAUGGGUCAAAGGUGUGAUACAAAGAUGACUCGAGCGAGGCUUGUGAGUGCGUGUCUGGCCAUCUUGCUCAUCGCAGUGAUCGUCAUCGGCACAUUGGCCUACGUGGCUGUUCGGCGCUAUCGAGACAUUCUGAUCCAGGCCAAAGUGGACCAGACCCGCAGCAGCUAUCGCAGGUUCAACCAUUUUGACGAGCUGUCCGGCCGCUUCUGGUUGCGUUCGUGGGCGGGAUCUGCAGAUUCCCUGGACAAUCUCGGCUUCACUCGCUCGGAUGAUGUGCUGCAUCUGCGGGCGCGCGACCACCCCUGUUGUUUUCAUGACGACACGCUGUCCCUGCCUUCCACCUGUCCCAGUCAUGGAGCACACAUUAACACCAUCUACCCACACAGUUCCCAGUAUGGUUGGCGGGGGAGUGGGGUGAGCAUGGGAGAUGGCGUGUUGGACUCAGGAAAAGCCAGUGACCUGUCUGUCUGUAGCUGGCCCGUAGAACCCAUUCACUGGACUCCAUUUCCGCUUCUGCAGCAGCUCGCUUCCCACCGGACUCCAGCACAGGUCCGGGUGUCACGUCCACGUUCCUACUGUGAAGGCAUGGAGCUGGUAGACAUGGGGAAAAGCUGGACAGCAUGAUCCCCUCAUGGAAUAGACCAAUUUGAGCUCAAAUUAUUGAAAUGUAGAUAAAAUAUUAAUGUUUUGAUAAAAUAAAAAUAAAGCAGUUCCUAUAUGUGUGGGUGUAUGGGUGGGUAUUUGUAAAAUCUGAUGCUAGAACAUUGUUCCAGUUGUCUAAAUGCUAGAUUUGUGUUGUUUAAACCUUUCUUUGUGACAAGUAAAUUGAAAUAAAGGGCAAAAUAUGAAUUUUACUUUGGCUUGAACAUUGUAAGACUUUUUCUUGUAUUUACGUGCAAAAAAUUAAUGAAAAUAAAGAGUUUUAAGAUGAAAACUUGA